CGUAGGUUGGUAGAUUAAGUGGAGAUAGGGAGUAGUGGAUGUGUAAUUAUUUCAUUUGACCAGCACAUGUCAUGAUGAAGGUUGUAGUUUUAGUCGUAUUGUCCCUAGGGUCACUUAUUCAGGGGGAUAGGAUUGUAUCAACUAGAAAUGGAAAAGUAAAGGGAUUCACGGAUAAUGUCUAUGGAACAAAUGUUGAAACAUUUUUAGGUAUUCCUUAUGCUGAGCCCCCUACUGGAAAUACAAGAUUUGCCCCAACUGUUGCCAAGGGAAACUGGACAAAUACACUGGAUGCUAACAAAUACAGUGCAGCUUGCCCACAGAAACCUAACACUGUGUGGCUCAAUGAACAUUUACCAGGUUUUUCAAACUUCAAUGAGGACUGUCUCUACCUGAAUGUAUUCACUCCAGCUAACAAAUGGAAUGGUCCGCUGAUGGGUGUACUUGUGUAUAUACAUGGAGGGUCAUGGUUUGAAGGGACAUCUGAAAUGUACAAUGCAGGAGGUCUUGCCAGAAAAGGUGUUGUGGUGGUCACAAUUAACUACAGAAUUGGCGCUCUAGGCUGGAUGACCACAGAGGAAAGUGAUUACCCAGGUAAUAUGGGAAUGCUUGACCAACAGAUGGCGCUGAGGUGGGUGCAGAAUAACAUAGCAUUGUUCUGGGGAGACCCAACCAAAGUGACGCUAAAUGGACAUAGUGUGGGAGGCGCAUCCACACAGUAUCACAUGAUGAUGCCUGCCUCAAAAGGACUCUUCAAUAAUGUGAUAUCAAGUGAUGGAGUUGCUUCGUUCUCUUGGCAAAAUGAUGCUCCUGGAGACCAAAGGCGCUACAUGAUUGCCUUGGCAACAACCCUCAACUGUAGCACAACCAGCAACCAAGUAAUUGUUGAUUGCCUCAGGACCAAAGAUGCACAAACCAUAGCAACUAUCUCCAUACAAGGGGUGCCAUCUGACCUGUCACCAUGGCGACCAGUUGUGGAUGGAACCAUCUUGCCUAAGCCUACAACAGAGCUGUGGACAAGUGGAGACAUUCGCAAAGUGAACCAUAUGAUAACAUCUGAGAGAAACAUUGCUAGUGAUCAGAUUGGUCGGAUCCCUGGUGUUGAAAAUGGCAUAUCAGAGGCCACAUUCAGAGCUAUAAUGAUGGGCUAUGGUGAGAUGUUCUUCCCCAAAGACAAAGUUCCAGCAAUCAUAGAGAUGGCAAUAUUCCAUUACAAUAACUGGCAAGAACCCAAAACCCCUGCUACAUUUAGAACUAUGCUCAGAGAUAUCUUAGGAGAUUUCUUGACAACAAUGAGUAACACACGUGUGAGAAGAACAUACCAAGGACGAAUAAAUAAUACUGCAGCGAAUCUCUACUCAGUUUACUAUGGAUACAGGACAGAAAACAGCCCUUAUCCAGCAUGGUGGGGCACCCAGCAUUCAGCCAGUACUUUCUACAUAUUUGGAGACCCUUACAAUAAUUCUGUGAUUUACCAGCCUUCAAACAAGCCGAGUCCUGUAACAAUCACCUUCACCCAGCGAGACAAAACCAUGUGCGAUAAAGUACAAGCUCUUUGGGUGAACUUCAUAAACACUGGGAACCCUACCAUCAACUCGAUAGGUGGCGUAACACUACCAGGAUUUGGCUCUCAAGAAAACUAUUUGGACAUUGAUGAAACUGGAAAUAUGGCCGCAAAAAUGAAAUGGAGGAACAAAUACUUUGAGUUCUUCAAUUCUCAUUUACCAAAUAUGUUCAAGUUUAUAAAUGCACCAACAACUUGUCCAGUUGCACCAACACCAACAAGUUCUGCUGCAUCCACCCUCAGUUCUAUAAUCUUAACAGUUUCUGCUCUGUUGGCAUACACAGCAUAAUGUUUAUAUUUUUUACCUACAACCUUGAUUUUAUCUAAGUGUAUAUGUAGUCCAUAAUACACCAGGAGAGAAUAGGCAAAUGACAAGAGGU